AUGGGCUUGGCCAUAUCUAGACUUGUGAAGCUACUUUUUGCAAGAAAAGAAAUGAGGAUUCUGAUGGUAGGUCUAGAUGCUGCUGGAAAAACUACAAUUCUCUACAAGUUGAAGCUUGGAGAGAUUGUUACUACCAUACCUACUAUAGGGUUUAAUGUGGAAACCGUUGAAUACAAAAAUGUUAGCUUCACUGUCUGGGAUGUUGGAGGACAGGAUAAGAUUCGACCAUUAUGGAGACACUACUUCCAGAACACCCAGGGCCUCAUAUUUGUGGUAGAUAGCAAUGACAGAGAAAGGAUUACAGAAGCCAAAAAUGAGCUUCAUCGGAUGCUGAGCGAGGAUGAACUGCCUGAUGCAACACUGCUUGUAUUUGCCAAUAAGCAAGACCUUCCAAAUGCUAUGAGUGUUUCAGAAAUCACUGAUAAGCUUGGUUUGCACUCUUUGCGCCAGCGCCGUUGGUACAUUCAAGCUACUUGUGCUACCUCAGGCCAAGGACUAUAUGAAGGUCUUGAUUGGCUGUCCAGCAAUAUCUCUAGCAAGGCAAGCAAAUUAAACUCCAUACAUUCACUAAUUAACCUGUGA